CGAACAGAAGUGAAAUUUGGUUUUACUACUCGGUAGAUGGUAGUAAAUAUGGCUACAAAAUCUAAGAAAAGGGAAAAUGCUCAACGCUUUGCAUUAAGUGGUCUUUCAAACAUGUGUGCAGCCUCGGGAUGCCAAUGCAAACUCCUGUACUCCAUCAUAAUGUAUUCCAGAUUACAGCCAUUUAUGGAAUCGGAUCCAUUGACUGGGACUCCUGAUUCCAACCUGGAUUCCUGCGGAUUCUGGAUCCCCCGAUCCCGUUGCGGCGAAAACAUCAUGACGUCAUGAUGUUAGGUAUGAGUGGAAAGAUCGAAAGUGCUUUAGACUGACGGAAAUUUACGAAUAGGGAUGUAGCCGAUCGAAUUCUUUUAGAUCAGGUUUUUCCUCAACUCAGGGAUAGGGAAUGUCAAGGCUAAAACAUUUCACUGGCUUCUUUUUUUUUCCUUCAGUAACAAAUCCAAUUGAUGUCAUCAAAAUUCGAAUGCAGUUGGACAAUGAGCUUAAUUCUCGCCACGCUGGCAACAAUAUUUUCAAGAAUCGCUACUAUAAAGGGUUUCUGCGAGGUGGCAUUAGGAUCUUUAAAGACGAGGGGAUAACAGGCUUAUAUAAAGGGCUCUUUCCCUCUCUACUUCGGGAGGCAUCAUACAGCACUAUUCGUCUUGGCGCCUACGAACCAAUCAAGGUCUCCCUUGGUGCUCUCGAUCCAGCCAACACUCCGCUAUGGAAAAAAAUAACUGCUGGAGCAAUAUCAGGAACAAUUGGCAGCACCAUUGCCAAUCCUACAGACUUAGUUAAAGUCAGAUUUCAGGCAGUUGGGCCGGGUCAACCAGCAAGAUAUAGAAGUACUUUUCAAGCAUUUGCAGUCAUAGUGCGUGAGGAGGGGGUGAGGGGGCUAUGGACAGGCGUUGGUCCAACGGUUCAACGCGCAGCGAUAUUAACAGCGACGCAAAUUCCCUCCUAUGAUCACACGAAGCAUACGCUGAUUAAUCACAAAAUCAUGAAAGAAGGACCGCCUUUGCAUGUUGUGUCUUCGUUUGUUGCAGGACUUGUCGCUGCAGGUGCCACCUCCCCUGUCGAUGUAGUAAAGACGCGAAUAAUGAAUCAAGCUACAGAUAGCAAGGGACGGCCCAAAAUAUAUUCGGGAAUAACUGAUUGCUUUAUCAAAAUUAUUAAAAAUGAAGGUUUUUUGGGACUUUACAAAGGAUUUAUACCAAACUGGAUGAGAAUAGGUCCACAUACUAUUGUGACAUUUUUUGUCUUUGAGCAACUCCGAAAACUAGUGGGAAUGAAACCUGUAUGAUAAACUUUCUAAUUUUAUUAAAAUCCCGCAAUGAAUCCAAAGGUUACUAUUUAUCACAAAAGAUCUAAUAAACGUUCUAUUUAAGUAAAAUUCUUCUCUAUUUUUUUCAAUUU